AUGGCGUCUGUGCAGCUCGACACCGAGCAGCUGAUCGCUGCACGACCCGGAGCUGGAGAGGAAGCAGCCGAAGUGGAGGAAGAAGAAGAAACGAGCAAAAUAAGCGUCCGCUGCGCUGCUCCCUGCUGGCCGGAAACCAGCGUGAAGAAUGCGAUUAGCGGCGUCGGCUUCCUGACCUCUAAUCUCACCUCCUCUCAUCUGUAUUCAGCAGCUCCCUCUGGCCUGCUGUCCUCUGCAGAGCCAAGUGAACAGACGUCUCCGACCGUCCCUCCGCUGCACUCGGAGCAUUUCAAACCCUGUCAUGAGAAGGACUUGGCCUACUGCCUAAACGGUGGCGAAUGCUUUGUCAUCGAGACACUCAGCGGGCCUCACAAGCACUGCAAGUGUCGAGAAGGCUACCAGGGAAUCCGCUGCGACCAGUUUCUGCCCAAGACGGACUCCAUCCUCUCCGAUCCAAUUGACCACUUGGGCAUCGAGUUUAUGGAGAGCAAAGAGGUCUACAAGAGGCAGGUGGUGUCCAUCACCUCCAUCGCCAUGGCGAUCAGCCUCCUGGGGACCCUGUGCAUGGCGCUGUACUGCCGCAACAAGAGGCGCAGAGAGAAGCUUCAAGCCCACCUGAAGGAGAGUCGCAGUCUGAAGAACUACACGUCCAACGCCCACAACGCCCUGGAAGCCAAGAUCAGAGCCUCCAACACCAACCUGCAGAUGCAUGAGUACUGCAAAAGACCCUCCCCGCCUCGCCAGGGGAACGUCUGCGAGUCCAGCUUCGCCCACUGCAACAUCUCCACCACGUCGCCGGCCGGUAGCUCCAGAGGCGCCGCCAAGCACCACAGAAGCGGUUCGUUGUCUCACAGCCCCGACCAGAGAACGCUGGCGGCCCAUUGGUCGGCUCCUCGCAGGACUCCGCCCAUCCCCAGGGGAAGGCUGAACCCGAUUGGAGGAUCCAAGUUUUCCGGCCCCGCCUACCAGCACCUUCAGGAAGUGGACUCGGUCGAGAAGGAGGCAGAAGCACAGAGGAGUUUCCAGGCGGAGAAUCGAAGCUCCGGACGAGAUGACGGCUUCCUAAAUAUGCAAACUCCUGUUCCCGUGGAGACGGCGUCGCCGUGGAGCGGCCGCGUGGAGACGAGCGUCGACCCCAGUGCCGCCGCCGCCACCCGCAGCCUGAGGCGGCCCGGCCGCCGCCACGGCAACCAGUCCCCGCCUCCACCGUUCCGCUCUUGCUCCAUCCCCAUCAUCCCGUCCGUGCAGUGUCACCACGACAGCGAGGCGUCCUGCAUGCAGACCAGCGUCGCCCCGGCAACCACGGCAAUGUCCACCUGCGGAGAGAGGAGGGAGAAGAUGGCGCCACCGCACGCCGCCACGCUGUUCUCCACUUCCUGCUCAUCCGCCAUUGGCCGGCAGCAGGACGAGGUGGCGCUGCUGCUGGAGGAGGCGCAGGAGCAGCUCCGGGCGUUGGCGCUGGCUCACCGGAAACAGGAAGAGGGCGGAGUCAUCAUCGGCGGAGGCGGCGGCGGCGGCGGAUCCACGGUGGCGCCGGUGGAGGCCAGAGAAACUGUUUGCUUCCUGAACCUUAGCGGAGGAAGCGGCGGGUCGCUGAGCUGCAACGGACCCACGCAGACCCAGCUGCUCAGCCCCAGCCAAUCACACAGAGACCUGGGCCAGAGCGGCCAAUGA